AUGGCACGCACUGGGAAGACACAUGCUGUUAAGAGGGUCCGUCCGCAGCUCACUACCAUUCAGAAGUCUGCUCGUCGUGAAAAGUUUGUAUCCCUUACUAAUGACAUCAAUGAUACACGAGCAGCCUACAUGGAUGAAGUCCAAGGACUGGCAAAAAAACAUGGGUGGUACAUUUAUCAUAGAGCUGUUCUACUAAUAAUAAUGUUAAUUCACUACAGAUCUGAGUGCUGGACACGGCGUCAGUUAUACCUUGAGUUCAUCGAAGAUCACAAUGAGACUCUCAAGCAUGAUUAUUCAAAACUCACCGCUGCUCAGAAGAAUGCAUUUGUGAUCGAGAUCAUGCAGAGGCGUGUUGCAAAGCAAAAAAUUGUCCGUGACAAUCCGAAGGCUGUGCAGCGCGAUAUGCUCGCAUCCUUUGCUGCAAUGGAUCAGGAGUGGACCGCAUUGUGUCCGCAACUUGGAAUCGAAGGAUUUUACAUAGCCGUCCGAGGCGGUGUUGAGGAUCUUAGUGGGCCUAAGCUUUUCUUCUCAGAGAAAGCAGAGAAGUUCGCGCGUGCUAUUCUUGACUCGGAGCCAAGGCGAUUGGCUUUAAAGCUUGAAGCUUUUGUUGUGUCGGGGCUUGGUGAGUUUUUAUUUCAAUUCAUUUGA